UGGCGACUUAUCUCACUUUGUUUAUUUCAAUUUGUUCUGUUUAUAUUAGUUUUUUUCUAUUCUACAUUUUCUUCUAUGUAGUUGUAUACGUUAAGAAAAUUUUCGAAAAAAAUCCCACAAUUCCCAGGAUCCACAGCGAGCGGAAGUGUAAUUUUGACAGCACCGGAGCCAAAAGAAAAAGCGCGGGCUUUUCCUCUUUGGCUUGAAAAAGCAAUCGGUCAGACAGAUGCUGAUAAACUGCAAAUCUGGAUAAGCACACAGGGUUGUUUGAUGUGGACACCAAUGCAACAGGAGAAAUGCAAAAUUGAAACAGUGUAGAGACUGAACAGACAGACAUCUGAACCAAGAAAGGCUUUUGACAAUGGGCAUUCGAAGAGAAGGAGAAUGGCUUUGUUGUCCAGGAAUGAAGCAAGGAGGGAGUGCUAAUACUGUGUGCCGAGGAGGAAACAUAACCCUGUGGAUUAUAUUGAUGCUAGUAGUAGUCGUCAUUGUCGUCAUCGCUGCCAUCCUUGUCAUUGCUAGAUUCUAUGGUUUACCUUUUCCUGCAAAGUGUAAGCAUGAAUACUGCCCUGAGCCUUGUGCAGCUGGGUGGAUUGGCUACGAAGGGAAAUGUUACUUUUUCUCAGAAGAAGAAGGAAAUUGGACUCAUGGCCAGAACUUCUGCUCUUCCCAUGGCUCAUUCCUGGCCAGAAUUGAGACUGAGUCAGAAAAGGUGUUCCUGCUGCGUUACAAGGGCAGGGCUGAUCACUGGAUCGGCCUCUCAAAAGACCAGAGUGAAGCUUGGAAAUGGGCAGAUGGGGCGGAGUUCAGGAACACGGUGGCCAUGGAAGGAGAAGGAGCAGACUGUGCUUGUCUAAGCACAGACACUGCCAUUGUCUCUCGUUGUCACAUCCCCAGGCAUUGGAUUUGCAGCCACCCUGGUGCUGCAAAGCAUAGGUAUCCAUUAGGAGAGUGAAAUCCAAGAAACAUGGCUAGACACCUUGCUAUUCCUCCUCAGGUCCCAUUUACUGUGCAUUUUUUUCACUGAUCCUCAAAUAUUUCUUUUUUAACCAUUGUUAAUUGUCAAUGAGUCCCACUGUCAUGUCCCACCUGGAGGAGGUUUCUUCAGCUGAAGAGGCUACAACCGACUGCCUCGCAUCAGAGGAACAGCUGGAGCCCUUCUGGGCAGUCCCUGGAAUUCCUCAAGGGCAGGAGCUAGAAUCAGACCAAAGUUACCCCAUAGAAAGGAGAAUUUCAGGGAUCCAGCAGAAGUUCAAGCAGCAGCCAGAGCGUGGAGCCUCCUGAAAAGGAACACUCUGACCCAAUUAGCCAACUGUGCUGAUUUACAGCUGGCUGUAAAUUAGGUCCUCCAGAGCCUGACAAACCACAGGAACUGCCACCAGCUUCUUUGGCUUCAUUUGGAUUGAUUGGAUUCCUAAAUUUUUUGGCUUGCAUCCUGGACCCUUGCUUGACUGCAUGUGCAAACCAUACAAACCAAACCUGAGGCCUUCAUCUUGGGAUAGAAUUGGCCAUUUCUUUGAAAGGUGAUACAGUGACUUGGAAUUCGUGGGCAAAGAGCGGGACACCCACUCCAGUGUGUAUUGUCAGAGCAUAACUGACAGGUGUGCAGAAAGUUAAAGAAAAGGCAGUGGUUUGAUUAGGGCAGCACUACAGAAGCACACAUGUGACGGUGUGCAA